AUGGAGCACCAACCAGAGCAAGAGUGGAAGCAUCAGCCAGAUUACCAUCCAGAGCACCGGUCCGAGCAAAGCCAACAAGCAGACGCGAGAUAUUCGGCUCAAACCCCGUCUGUUGAGGAUAUUCUCGAAGCAGCCAAGUCUACCGACAAGGACCAAUUGCCACGGCUAUUGGACCAAUAUGGCGCAGACAUUAACAUCAAGAGUGAAGAUGGACUGACCGCGCUGCACCUUGCCAUCUUGUCGCGCGACCUAGGCGUCGUGGAGACGUUACUGGAGCUUGGCUCCGAUAUCGAAGCCCAAGCACCCGGCGAAACUUGGCCUCUUCUCAUGGCAACCGAGUUGGGUGAUGUAGAUAUGGUGACUACUUUGCUCAAACAUAGUGGAAAUUCUGCUCCAAAUUAUCUAGGAAUACAGCCGCUGAGCAGAGCUAUUUUGGAUGGGGAUAUCGAGCUUGCUCGGAUACUCAUAGACUAUGGGACAGAGGCAUAUGGAGAAGAAUUUGAUUUGAACGAACUUCUAUCCGAUGCUGUUCUCAUUACCCCUAGCUAUGUAGGCACCAUCAAGCUACUUCUCGAUCGUGGGGCCGACCCCGAUUGGUUCUACAACAACUUCGCAACAGUUUUGCACUCAGCUUCGGCCAAGGGUGACUUGGGGGCAAUGAAGGCGCUGUUGGAUGCAGGAGCCAAGGUAGAUAUACGCGAUUUCAAUGGAGCGACUCCUUUAUUUGGGGCGGUGGCCUUGGAUGACUUGGCACCCGCAAGAUUGCUAUUGCAGCAUGGGGCAAAUACCCAUAUCUGGAAUUCAGAUGGCAAAUCGGUUAUCGACUUGGCUGAAUCGAAUCCCGAAAUGCUAGAGCUCUUGCAAGCCGAUACCGUCUUUCAGGGACCGAGGACGAAGCCUAACAUGAACGAGCAGCCUGAGGAGUCGUUUACGAUGCUCAGGCCAGCUCUUCCACCAACUUGGGGAGAAAGAGCCAAGUUGGUCGCGUGCCAUGGAUUUGAUGCUACCAUUAUCGACUUCUUUACAGGGGGUGAGCGUGAACAGCUGAUUCCAAAGAGGGCAUCUGUGCAUGAGCUUCUAUAUAGCCACGGACCUGAGGCUAUUCGAAGCCAAUUAGACAACAGACGCCCCGAUUUCACUUGGUAUCACCUACCUAGCAAUAAUAUGGUUUGGGUCGAGACCCUUAUCAGACGUCUUGCAGCAGAGAAAGGCGCAGUAUCCAAAGAGAUGUACGAGGAUACAAAGGAAGAACUUGAGCUAUCACAUUUCGAAAACCAGAAAUCAAGAUCAUCAGCGGGCCCACCCUCGACACUCAGACCACAGUGUCGACGAGUUCUCAGUCAUAUCGUCACCUCGAUUGAAGAUGGAAGCGACGACUGCGUUGUUUCGUUUGUUCCUUUUCUUCACGCCGAAUCUUACUCAGGAUAUGAACAUAUGGCGAAAGCUAUAAAAAGAUCAUGGAAACACAAGAGGGGUCGUUUUGUCAAUAGACCAGAAGCAGGGCAUCGACUAGGGCAUCCAUUUGAGAAACCAACAUCGCCUCGCACGAGGAAGGGCUUGUUGGGCCAUGCGAAACCCGGCUGGGUGGAACUGAGGGAAAUGCUGAUCGGGCGCCCAGCGAAUUUGCGUCAAGACACAGAAUCUAGUGGGAUAGUUUCAAGCGGACAAAACUUAUCAGGGGGAGUCGAAAUGAACAGGUCCUCGGCGAUGGUACAAGUCAUCGAAUACGGGAAUAGAGAACGUGGAGUAUCAGAAAUGGCUGCAUAUCCUCCGGGUUCUCCAGCAAAGAUCUCAAAAGAGCGGGAUCGAGAAAUGGUCAACACAUUUCAAGAUGAGAGACUUUCCAUCCGUUCAAAUGACAAGGGAUCAGACAAGGCUGCCUCUCAGACCCCCAAGUCACCAACCCGGGAGACCAACAAGCCAGCUACCCCGGAAUCUCAGGAAAUCAUAGACGACAAUGGAAACGCCUCGAGAUCAAACAAAAGUGUUUCUGCAAUAGAACCAGGCCAAAUAUCUCCAAGGGUCCAUCGGCAAUUAGAUGCAGCUGGAACUAGAAAGACAGAAAAAGAGAAGAUCUCCCCUCCGACCAAGAAUCUGAAUGAGCAUCUCAUCAGAGGAUACUAUAAACCCGGAAAGCUGGGAGUUCAACCUCGGCGCACCCUGGAUCAGUAUGUCUACGCUGACAUGGAGACUCUGACCCACCGCGAUGACGACCAAGUGGUGUAUCGAUAUACGAAAGAGGAUCUGUCAGUAGGCCCAAAGAUUUUCAUGGUGGACCAACUGUGGCUCUGGAUACUUGGAAAAGAUACCAUUAUUACUUGUAGCCCGCUACAGUGGAAUUCAUGGAUCCCGCGAGGCUUCACACUCCGGCCACAUCAAAUGUAUCAUACAGCUAAGCCGGGUCUUUUGGCGUUUAUUUCAGGUGCGCAAAACACGAGACCGAGACACCAGUGGGCUUCUAAAGCAAAACACAAGUCGCACAAAUUCAGCUCGCGAGCAGCACGGCGGGAUGUACACGACCCAGAUUUGGAAACAUGGCCAGAGAUAAACCCAGAUGACCCAAUGAACGUCCAUCAACGUAUUACAAAAUGCCUUUUUCGGAACAGCCGAGGACCAGUAGGUUCGGUUUAUGGUUUGGCCGGUCUGAUCACAACGUCUUGCGUGGAUGUAUUUGACUCAAGCAAACUCCCUGAAGACUACCUAUUUUUCGACUUCUUUGAACAGUCGAUAGGAAUAGUGAACGACAAAGUGUCUAGCCAUCUUAGAGAUUUCAAAGACACUCUGAGCAAGCUUCGUGCUGAUGCCGUCGAGCAUGUAGUUAUGGAUAUAACGGGAGAAACAGAGCUCAUGAUCGAAAUCGAGGAUAUACUAGACGAGCUACACAUUCUCAAAAUGGUCCUAAAAGACCAAGAAUCUGUCAUUGGAGAUAUGAACAAGUUUCUAAGGGAGAUGGCGGGAGACAACCAAAAGUCUCCGGCUGUAGAAACCAGGGUUCUAGAGAAUCACCUUCUUCGGAUUAUGAGAAUGGAAGAAGCGGCGAGGAAGGCCGACACAUCAAUCCACAGGUUAAUGGACCUCAAGCAAAAGCAAGCCAGUCUAGCGGAGUCAUGGUAUGCCCGAGAAGCCGCUAGAGACACAGCCAGACAGGGCAAGACGGUCAUUGUUUUUACAGUGGUGACUAUCCUGUUUUUGCCAGUUUCAUUCAUCACCUCAGUCUUCACCAUCGAGGCAAACACAUUUCCCCGCGACCAGGACGACAAAAUUCCGUUCGAAUACGCUAUGAAAUACAUCAUGGGCAUUGGGCUUGGCCUGUCCCUGCCAUUAAUCAUCGUGGCAUUCAAUGUUGACAGAAUUGCAGACUUCUUCAACAAUGUUAGAAGGGAAAUUAGUAUACCAUGGAAGAGACUUACGACUGUGGCUUUCAUAGUAGGCAUUGUUGCAGCUAUAAUAGCUCCGAUUUGGACGUCAAAGUUAUCGCAUGGCGCCAAGAUAGCCGUGACAGUCAUGCUCACUCUCAUCAUUCUUGUGGCCUUGAUUGCCAAAGGCAUUUGGAGAUUGUUUACGUCAGUUGAAGAGCUUUCCGCUGCGGCGAGUAUAAGUUCUGGCUACAAUAGCUCCUAG